AUGCUGAGUUUGCAGUUGAGGACAGGAGACAACGAGCUGAAAAAAGACGGCGUUUGUGGAUGCUUCUCGGGUUGCGUCGCCGCCGCAAGCCAUCGUGGGCCGCGUCUUGGAGCGCGGCCCACUCCCCUGCGCGAUCCAGGGGCCCACAACUUCAACCCAGGCGCAGGUUGGAGCUCGCUGCCCGGACAGCUGCCCGAUCCUUUUCCCUAUCGAGUUGAACUCGACUUGCCUGUCCCGCAGCGGCGAAACUGCUCUCCAACUCCCACCAAAAGGAGCACCGUGGACCAUCGCGCCUCAAGCCACCUCUGGGCUUCCCGGGACCGAUCCCCGCUCCCUGCUCCCGUGUGUGGGAAAGACUGGAGUGUGUGUGCGCCCGCUCGCCGUGCGUGA